UAUAAACCUUGUUUUUGUAUCUUUUUCGAGUUCCCGAUCAUCUCUGGUCGACGGCGUACUUGAUCUCAUAAAAUGGUGAAUGUGCUAUGCACUGUUUAGUCUAAGAUAACUCAACUUCAGCCAUUUUUAUCUGAUAACCUGCAAGAUUUAAGAGGUUGUGCCCACUGAGACAUUUGUUCAGGAUGUCAAAAUCAGCUGUUUCGCGAGCAACUUGUUUAUUUAAAAGUCCAAAGUAUCUACCCGGUUUUACUCAAAUAAGCAAAAUGAGCAACUGGCAAGCGGAAAAAGAAAAAUUCCUCAAAAUGGAUCGUGAGGAGAAACGUAAAGUUUACAAGAAAUACGUAACCUUGGAGGACAUACCAACUUGGAGGCAGUAUGCCGAAGGAAAGGAAUUGCUGCCGAAAAUUGCUAUGCUUGGAGGAAGUACGAUUGAUGGCUCGAAAAACAAGGCUCUGGCAGAUAAGAUUUCAUAUUUUAGCGGAGAUAUCACAACCUUAGAGAUUGACGCGAUAGUGAAUGCAGCAAAUAGUUCGUUACUAGGAGGUGGUGGUGUAGAUGGAGCCAUACACAAGGCUGCUGGAUCGCGUUUAGUUGAAGAAUGUAAAACACUUGGUGGAUGCGAUACAGGAGAGGCAAAAAUCACUGGAGGAUACAGGCUACCGGCAAAAUAUGUUAUCCACACAGUGGGCCCCAGAGGCGAAAAACCGGAUUUACUAAAAAACUGCUACACCAACAGCUUGAAAGUAAUGCUUGCCAACAAACUACGAAGCAUAGCCUUCCCUUGCAUCUCGACAGGCAUCUACGGUUACCCUAACCUUCCGGCAGCGCACGUUGCAGCCUAUGCGGUCAGGAAACAUCUAGAAGCGCACGGAGACCAAGUUGACAGGGUGAUAUUCUGUCUGUUUAUGCCCGAGGAUAAGGAAAUCUAUGAACAGUUGUUGCAAUCAUAUUUUCCGCUGGAGUAGGAUUAUGCUGUUUUUGGAAAUUUUACAGGGUUGUAAUUGUUUAGUUUCUAUUUUUUACGUAUUUGGAUAUUGGCGUGUAGCGAAAAUGCAAUUUUUAUACUGAAUAAAAGGUUUGAUCAGGAGUAUUAUGGAUCAUUGCUUAGGAA